AUGCGCAUCUUCACUAGUGGUGGCGGCUGUUUCCGGGCUUAGGGGGCUGGAGCGGCCGCCGAGUAGGAGGCGUUGGUGGCCGCGGCUGGGGAGUGCAGGGUGCGGGCUUGGGGGCCAGGCCCGGCCGAAGGCAGGGAAAGUUACCUUUUCUUUCCCGAAGGGGCCGGUAGAGCCGGUGGCUGAGCGACAAGAUGAAUUUCCUCCGCGGGGUAAUGGGGGGUCAGAGCGCCGGACCCCAGCACACAGAAGCCGAGACGAUUCAAAAGCUUUGUGACAGAGUGGCUUCAUCUACUUUACUAGAUGAUCGAAGAAAUGCUGUGCGUGCUCUCAAAUCAUUAUCUAAGAAAUACCGCUUGGAAGUGGGUAUACAAGCUAUGGAACAUCUUAUCCAUGUAUUACAAACAGAUCGUUCGGAUUCUGAAAUAAUAGGUUAUGCUUUGGACACACUGUACAAUAUAAUAUCUAAUGAUGAAGAAGAAGAAGUAGAUGAUGUUGAAGAAGAAAAUUCCACAAGACAGAGUGAGGAUUUGGGAAGCCAGUUUACAGAAAUUUUUAUUAAGCAGCCGGAAAAUGUCACUCUGCUGUUAUCUUUGUUGGAGGAAUUUGAUUUCCAUGUGCGCUGGCCUGGUGUGAAGCUUCUUACUUCUCUUUUAAAACAACUAGGACCUCAGGUGCAGCAAAUUAUUUUAGUCAGUCCCAUGGGUGUUUCAAGAUUGAUGGACUUAUUAGCGGAUUCCAGGGAAGUUAUACGUAAUGAUGGUGUGUUACUACUGCAGGCACUAACACGAAGCAAUGGAGCAAUCCAAAAAAUUGUUGCUUUUGAAAAUGCCUUUGAGAGACUACUGGACAUUAUUACAGAGGAGGGGAACAGUGAUGGAGGUAUAGUAGUGGAAGAUUGUCUGAUUUUGCUCCAAAACUUGUUAAAAAACAACAAUUCCAAUCAAAAUUUUUUUAAAGAAGGCUCAUAUAUUCAACGUAUGAAACCUUGGUUUCAUGUUGGAGAUGAAAAUUCUGGCUGGUCUGCACAGAAAGUGACUAAUCUGCACGUAAUGCUACAGCUUGUUCGGGUGCUGGUCUCUCCCACCAACCCUCCCGGGGCUACGAGCAGCUGCCAGAAAGCCAUGUUCCAGUGCGGCUUACUGCAGCAGCUCUGCACCAUCCUCAUGGCCACGGGCGUUCCUGCCGAUAUCCUGACCGAGACCAUUAAUACUGUAUCAGAAGUUAUUCGAGGCUACCAAGUAAACCAAGACUACUUUGCUUCUGUAAAUGCACCUUCAAACCCACCAAGGCCGGCGAUCGUAGUUCUGCUCAUGUCCAUGGUCAAUGAAAGGCAACCGUUCGUACUGCGCUGCGCUGUUCUCUACUGCUUCCAGUGUUUCCUAUAUAAAAACCAGAAGGGACAAGGAGAAAUUGUGUCAACGCUCCUGCCUUCCACUAUUGAUGCAACAGGUAACUCGGUCUCAGCGGGUCAGUUACUGUGCGGAGGCCUGUUUUCCACUGAUUCGCUUUCAAACUGGUGUGCUGCCGUGGCCCUUGCCCACGCUUUGCAAGAAAACGCUACCCAGAAGGAACAGUUACUCAGGGUUCAACUUGCUACGAGUAUUGGCAACCCUCCGGUGUCUUUAUUACAGCAGUGCACCAACAUCCUUUCACAGGGUGAUAAGAUCGACAGACGGGGAAGCAAAAUACAGACAAGAGUUGGAUUAUUGAUGCUGCUCUGUACCUGGCUGAGCAACUGUCCCAUUGCAGUCACGCAUUUCCUUCACAAUUCGGCCAAUGUUCCAUUUCUUACAGGACAAAUUGCAGAAAAUCUUGGCGAGGAAGAGCAGUUGGUCCAAGGCUUAUGUGCCCUUUUGUUGGGUAUUUCAAUUUACUUCAAUGAUAACUCACUUGAGAGCUACAUGAAAGAGAAAUUAAAACAACUAAUAGAGAAGAGGAUUGGCAAAGAAAACUUCAUAGAGAAACUAGGAUUUAUCAGCAAACAUGAGUUGUAUUCCAGAGCAUCUCAGAAACCACAGCCAAACUUCCCCAGUCCAGAAUACAUGAUAUUUGAUCAUGAGUUCACGAAGCUUGUAAAAGAACUUGAAGGUGUGAUAACUAAGGCUAUUUAUAAGUCCAGUGAAGAGGAUAAAAAAGAAGAAGAGGUGAAGAAAACAUUAGAACAACAUGACAGUAUUGUGACUCACUACAAAAAUAUGAUUCGAGAACAAGAUCUGCAACUUGAGGAAUUAAAGCAGCAGAUUUCUACGUUAAAAUGUCAAAAUGAACAGCUCCAGACGGCAGUCACACAGCAAGUAUCUCAGAUUCAGCAACACAAAGAUCAGUACAAUCUUCUUAAAGUACAGCUAGGAAAAGAUAAUCAGCAUCAAGGUUCCUACAGUGAUGGGACUCAGGUGAAUGGCGUUCAGCCAGAAGAAGUUGGUAGGUUACGAGAAGAGAUAGAAGAAUUAAAAAGUAAUCAGGAACUUUUACAAAGCCAGCUGGCUGAAAAGGACUCUCUGAUUGAGAAUUUGAAAUCUUCCCAAGCAUCGCCUGGCGCAAAUGAACAGUCUUCAGCAACAGCUUCUGCUAGAGAUUCUGAACAAAUUGCAGAAUUAAAACAGGAGCUGGCAACAUUGAAGUCUCAGUUAAACUCACAAUCUGUGGAGAUCACCAGACUGCAGACAGAAAAGCAGGAGCUGUUAAGGAAAACCGAAACAUUUGCGAAAUCAGCUCCUGCACCAGGAGAGGGUGAAGCUGGAACGGCUGCAAAGACCACCGACGUGGAAGGCAGACUGUCGGCGCUGUUACAGGAGACGAAGGAGUUAAAGAGUGAAAUUAAAGCUCUGUCUGAGGAACGGAGCGCCAUCAAAGAGCAGUUGGACGCCUCUAACAGCACCAUUGCCAUUUUACAAAAUGAGAAAAACAAGCUCGAGAUGGACGUUACAGAUUCCAAAAAAGAACAGGACGAUCUGUUGGUGCUGUUGGCUGAUCAGGACCAGAAAAUAUUUUCGUUAAAGAAUAAACUCAAGGAGCUUGGUCAUCCGGUAGAAGAAGAGGAUGAACUUGAAUCCGGAGACCAGGAUGAUGAGGAAGAUGAAGAUGAAGACGAUGGCAAGGACCAGGGGCCGAUCUAGCCUUCAGACCUCUAGGAGUGAUAGAGUUUGUAUUGUAACUUUGAAGAUGGAGUCUUAAGACAGUGCUUUGGUUUGCCUCCACAGAAAAUAAAGAUUUAGAAACCCAAGUUGAAAACACUCACUAGUAAGACUAUUGAUGUACUUUUCUUAAAUGAUGCCACCCAUGUUGGAAACCCUAAAACUGACUUCUUGCAGAACACACAUCCUUUAUUGAAAUUCAUCUGAAUUGUCCCAAAAGAUAAUUUGCAAAGAACUUCAGACAGUAAAAACGCACCAUUUUGGAGCGUGUGGUGGCAGUGCUGUUUAUCUUAGUUUACUGGUUGUUCACAUAAGUUCUGUAUUUGUCUAUUAAUUGCACUUUUCAGAAUAUGUGACUUUAAAUACUAACACAUUUGAUUUAA